UAUUCUAUGGCCAGGAUUCUAUUAUGAUUCUAUUCUUUUCCUUCCACUUUCUGUUCUCACUAAUGCUGUCUUUAGCCAAUUUUCUUAACAGUUAGUUAACAAUGUCUUCCUUUGUUUCCCUUAAUACCCUUCAUGGCUCUCUUCUAAGAUCCAAAUUCUUAGGCCAAGAGAAUCUCAUUCAUCUUUAUCCUCACAGCCAUAAAGCUUCCAUCUUUCACAGCAAACCAGCCUACAAAACAGUACGGAUAUGUGCCGAAUUCGACCUGCUGCAAAUCAUGGGAGGCAGAGGACUCUGUAAAGGAGAAGAAGGACUUCAAAAAGAGCUCAAAAGAGAAAUCGGUUUGGAUGAUCAGAAUCAACCACUAUCAUCGGAAACUGGUAACAACUCAACACAGUCCAUUGAAAGUGUUGCAGAAGAUGGUUUUGAGAAAGAGUUAAUGGGAUUAACCGGAGGGUUUCCUGGAGGUGAAAAAGGGUUGAGAAAAUUCAUUGAAGAAAACCCUGCUCCAAAACCUGAUGCAGAUGAGAAAAGACUUAAACUUUCAUCGACAGAAAAGGCGAAACCACCGGAACUUCCUAUGUUACUUCCAGGAAUGAUUGCUAUUGUGAAGAAUCAGAAGAAUCCAUUUUACAUGUACUGUGGUAUUGUUCAAAGAAUCACUGAUGGUAAAGCAGGAGUGCUGUUUGAAGGAGGGAAUUGGGAUAAGUUGAUAACUUUCAGGCUUGAUGAACUAGAGAGGAGAGAAAAAGGUCCUCCUAUGAAGAAUCCUAAGUCUUGUGUUCUUGAACCAUUUAUUGUAAAGAAGUCAUAGUUUGCAGGUCCUUGUUGGCAUUUUGUAACACAACAUGUUUACUUUUGUAUCAGACAUGUUGAGAAAAAAUUUAGUGCCGAACUUGUAAAUUUGUGUAAAGCACUGUGUUAAAAAAUGGUUUAUAAUUUAGUGUGAUUUCAAGUGUUA